UGAGUGACAGGCUGCAGGGCAGGACAGAGACACUUUGACUUUUGGACCUUCGGUGGCGAUGCGAUAGCUGUUCGAACAUUGGCACCACUUUUCCGCAAUGUUUGCGGUCCCGUGAAUGCUGUAGUAGUGUUUGCUGCAAGUGUUUUCUCAGCCGGAGGGAGUUGCACUGAAGGUUGACCUUGGGCGAGCCCCAAAUCGGUUAUCAGCGUUUGUUUUUUCCCUGAGACUGGGCGCAGUUUUUCAGCUAAAGUGCGUGCUGAAAAGUUUUUACAGCUUUGUUUCGUUUUUGUCUAAGCUGCGGAAUGGCGGACGGAGAAGAGCUGCUUAAUGCGGCGGAGUUUAUAAAAGAUCGGCUGUAUUUUGCUAUUCUUCGACAUAAGCCCAAAAACACAGCGAAUACGCACUAUUUUAGCAUUGAUGACGAACUUGUAUAUGAAAAUUUCUAUGCAGAUUUUGGUCCUCUGAACAUGGCCAUGUUAUACAGAUACUGCUGCAAACUAAACAAAAAAAUAAAGUCAUUUACUAUGGGGAGGAAGAAAAUAGUUCACUACACAGGGUGUGAUCAGAAGAAACAAGCAAAUGCAGCAGUCCUAAUUGGGUCCUUUUCGGUAAUUUACUUAAAAAAAUCUCCAGAGGAAACCUACAGACUACUGAUAGGGGGGAAUAACACAUAUCAACCUUUUAGGGAUGCUUCAUUUGGCACGUGUACAUAUAACCUAACAGUUUUGGACUGUUUACAUGCAGUUAGUAAGGCUCUGCAGUAUAACUUCUUCAAUUUUAAUACAUUUGAUGUAGAUGAAUACGAACAUUAUGAGAGAGCAGAGAAUGGAGAUUUUAACUGGAUAAUCCCCAGCAAGUUUUUAGCCUUUAGUGGACCACAUCCAAAGAGCAAAAUAGAAAAUGGUUACCCUCUGCACGCUCCUGAGGCCUAUUUUCAGUACUUCCGGAAGCACAACGUCACCACUAUUAUUCGUUUAAACAAGAAAAUGUAUGAUGCCAAGCGAUUUACAGAUGCUCGUUUUGAGCAUUAUGAUCUCUUCUUUGUGGAUGGAAGUACACCCAGUGAUACGAUAGUCAAAAAGUUCUUGAAUAUCUGUGAAAAUGCAGAGGGUAUUGUUGCAGUGCACUGUAAAGCUGGCUUAGGCCGAACUGGUACUCUUAUAGCAUGUUAUAUCAUGAAACACUACAAACUAACAGCUGCAGAAGCCAUUGCCUGGAUCAGAAUUUGUAGACCAGGAUCAGUUAUAGGACCUCAACAGAACUUUUUAGAAGAGAAACAAGCUAAUCUAUGGGCUCAGGGUGACCUUUACCGUGCAAAAUUAAAAGAUCAGCAAAAUGGAAAGGACAAGGCCGGUGUUACCCGUAUCCUUUCUGGGGUUGAUGAUAUUUCUAUUAAUGAUAAUCAGAACAUGACAAUUGAUGACCAAGAAUGUCACAUGUACAACGAUAAUGAUGAUCACUGCAAUGAUAAAAAUGAACUGACCCAAGGAGAUAAACUUCGGGUAUUGAAGAGUAGAAGACCAGCUCGAGCUGUAACCACUGGAUCCAUAAAAUUGGAAGAAAAUAAAAUGCACACCAGGUCAUCAUCGCAGGCAUUCAGAAUAAUACUGCAGUCUAGCACACAGAGUUGCAAGCCUUCAAAUCCAUGUGCUGUUCCUGGUCUAAGCCCUACGAGCAAGCGGACAACCAGAUCCAUGGCUGCAAACAAUAAUCUGAGUCACUCUACUAUUAGCACUAAAGUACCAUUGCUCCGUUAACAUUCACACUUUGAAGUGAUACCUUGAACAUUUGUUGAGGAAGCUGGAGAACAAGAUUUUCUCAUACUGAACUAGGAAUUUAUUCCAGAGCAGCACCUUCGCAUCACCAGAAGAAUUCUGCAAAAUGACAGUCCUGACCUUGAACUCCCCUGCCAUUCCACCUUGAGAACUUCCUGUCCAUAACAUAACAAGUAAUGGUAAUAAUGGAUCUUUGCAACCUGAUGUACUAAAGAAACUGUAAAGAACAUUAAGAAAGUUUUAAUGCAAGUGUUUACUGUCCUGUUGCAUAAUGCAUUGUACCUGAGCUGUGAAGCAGAAACCAAGCCUUUAAACACCAUCUUAUAGCCAAAGUAGAAAGUACAACACAAAAUGUGGUAUGAAGUGAAAACUUCAUGCCAUUUUAUUUUCCAGAUAAUGAUCAUGAAGGAACUAGAUUAUUGAAGAAAGUUUUGACAUUGAAGUUUAUACUGAAUCAAACUUUCAACUUUAAAGUUGCAAUUUUAAUCAUUUUUUGUGAAUUAUGUAUUCAGAUGGUGCCUCCUUCAAUUCUAAAGAUAGAUAUCUAUGUCUGUCACUGAGAUUCUCAUUGGUUGAAAUAGUUUGCUAUUUCUGUUAAAUGCUUUAAAAACAGCCACCAUCUAUGCAUUUGGAAAAAAAACCCUGCAAUGUUAUCAAUGAGAAUGCAAAAUACCCCAAGCAAAAGUGUUGUCCUACACUAGACACUAUCCGUAGCAAACAAAAUCCUAAAACUUUAAAGUCACAACUUUUCAUUUAAUGAGAAUAUGUAUUGAGAGCUGUUACUAAGAUUACUUCAUGUAAAAUAAACAUACUAAUAAUUCAUUUUCUUAAAUGAAUGGUUAUUAAUUUUCUUCAAAUAUUGUUUAAGGAAAUUUAAAAGCCAAGUGACCUUGUAAUUAGACAAAUGUUCUACCUGUUGUGUGGUAGAGUUGAUUUGGAACAGUAAGAGUGCUGUUAAUCUAUUGGAAAGAUUAUAAAAAUCUGACCCAAAUUUGGGUGAAGGGUAAUAUUUUUAUAUGCAUGAACAAGUUGUAUUUUCAGUUUUUGCAGUGAAUGUCUUUGAGAGUGGAUUUUUAGCUACAGUUAGUGCUGUGGAUUGGAUGUGUGCACUUUGUCUGGAACAGUACUGUAAGAAACUUUUUAACUUGUUACAGAACUUUGUAUAUUCAUGUUAAAGCAAUACAGUACUGCACAAUGUUAGGAAUCAGAUUUUUAAAAUUCUGGUUGAAUUAUUUGCAUUUGCUUCUGUUUAGUCUUGACUGGAAUCUGCUCCAGUAUAACUGGUGUACAUUUUUUAAUUUGGGUGAAAGGUAUUUUUAACUAUGGAAUUAAUCUUUUCUCUGGUUUAAUGUUAAUUAAUUGCAUUGCAAAGCCAGAGUUGAGCAACUUAUUUUGUACAGAAAUGUAUGCAGUAUAUAAACCUUUUGACAGGAAAUAAACAUAACAUUU